AUGUUUUGCAGAGCCCUUCUACCGCCGUCCCAGUCUUUUAAAACUGUUCCAGCUGUCAUUUUGAGAUCACAGAACACUGCGGCGGCACUGCCGAAAACAGAUGAAACCUCGAGAAAGCGUGAUGUGGGAGACAGUGCCGCUGUACGUCCGUUCGAAGAGAUCCCAGGACCCGGGAAAAGCUUCUGGUCGAUCGUUGAAUUUUAUCGGAAAACCAAAGGCUUUACGAAGCCAUACAAAAUGCACGAUGUCAUGUUUGCGAAAUAUGGGCCCAUAUACAAGGAAGAAUUGUUGGGUCGACCAACGGUGCAUUUAAUGGACCCUAAUGACUUCGGGAAAGUAUUUCGCGCAGAAGGAAAAUAUCCUAAACGGCCAAACUUGUUUGAUCAUAUGACUGAACAUCAAAGACGGAGGACUGGCAACCCUGGCAUAUUCUUUUCGUAAGUAGACAAAAAGGGUCCUUUUUAUCGGUUUUUAUUAUUGGUGGAUUUGUACUGUUUGCAGUUCCCUGUUUUCUGCAUAAAGAUCGUCGAGUUCGAACCCGGUGGAUUUUAUAGUUGAAUUCAAAAUUUUACACUCAUCUUUUAGAUUUCACGUUUUAACUCUCGUCUUGUGGCUUUUGAGCCCAACACUUUUAUUGGCCUGUACACAGACGUUGUUUUAUUUUUCUUUUCGAGCAAAGUGAGCGCGCCUUCUCCCACCCCUACCCCCUUGCGCUGGCGGUAAUAAUAAUAAUAAUAAUAAUAAUAGGCUUUAUUUAAAGAGGGUAAAACACUUAACAGUAGUCCUAAGACACUGAUGACUCUGUGGCCCUCAAAACAAAUUACAAAUAUAGAUUCUACAACUAAAAAAUAUAAAAUAUACUAUUUUUAAAUGAUAAUUUAAGAUAAAAUGUCAUACAUAAUUUCUAAAAAGACAUUAUGACUAAGAUGGAUAAAGAACCAACAUAAAACGUAUUUACAAUUACAGUCUAAGCAGGGGCGGAUCCAGGAGUUUUUUUAGGAGGGGGUGCACUCGUCUCUUGCUCUACUUCAACACCAAUAAAGCACAUAGUCUCUUUUUUUUUGCAGGUCAUCUCGGGGCGGGGGGGGGGUGCGCACCCCCUGCACCCUCCCCCUAGAUCCGCCCCUGCUAAGGAGCAUUUAGCGAGCCAUUAUUUCUUAUAUUGGCAUUCAUGCAAUUCCAGUCCUUUAUAGUCCUACUAGUGGAAGUACGACCUCCUUCUGGUUUUCGUUUAUACUUGGGGGACACCAGAUUUAUGUUUGAAUGUCUAGUUGCUCGAUUAUGAAUAUCAGAAUUUCUGACUAAUAGACUAUUCAAAUAUAUAGGCGUAUUAUAUAAUUGUGGACCAGCUUAUACACUAGUGCACAUCUCUUUAUUAGAGAUUGUUUAGUAAAAGGGAGCACGUUAGAUUAUUGAAUAAUACGACUGAUGGUGUAAGUCUUUCAGCAUCAAGUAUAAUGCGUGCCGCUCUUUUAAAAAUUUGGAACGCUUCACGAAUUUGCGAGUCAUCCUUGCGCAGGGGCCAAUAUAUCCCCUGCGGUUUAUUUACUAGUUUAUCACCCACGCUCGACGGAGUUUGAAGAGAAAAUGGAGGGUCUGUAAAAAGGCUGCAUUUUUAUUUGACCUUGCUCGUUGUACAUUUUCAACUCUCUUCGUCACCUUUACCUUUUUCUUCAAAAAUUUGUAGUCUUGCAACGGGUUUGCCAUCACGCAAGACGCCACCUCACGGUAGAACCAUGCAAUUUUCAACUCGACGCAGUGAAUUAAACUAAACACCGAACUAAUUUUCAUACGCUGUUAUUUUUUAGUAGUUUUGAUACCUGAACCAGUGCUCUACAUUUGUUUGAGUCUGAGAUUAGAACUUCGCCCUUGAUACUCAUUCGACCUCGACCUCGCAAUAUUUUCAACUCGAGUUUUGAAUUUUCGCCUACGCUCCAGUGAUCAUUGGCUCCGCUCCGUAGAGGCCUCUUUGUAUCAUAGAGUAGCCUGGGGCCAGACUCCUUGGAGGGGACCCCCAUUCCCAUGUGCUGGCGAUAUUAAGACCUACAGUCGACUCCCGAUAAUUCGAACCUUCAAGGGAAAUAGGAGAAAGUUCGAGUUAUCGGGAGUUCGAGUUAUCGAGGGUAAAAUUACAUAGAAAACGAUCUGAAGGGAAAUGACAAUUGCUUCGAGUUAGCGGCAGGUUCGAGUUACAGAGGGUUCGAGUUACUCGGGAGUCGACUGUAUUUCGCUAAACGAGGAGUCUAUUCCUAGGCUAAACAAAAAGUGAAAUCGCCUUCUUUCAAUCUUUUUCGCGAUUUUUCCAACUCGCUUACUUUGUCAAAUGUAGGCACACUCCUUGAAGAGGAGUGCAAAAAAAACAUGUCAAGUUCAGAAGAUGAAUGCAACUUCGGUUCCACGCGCUUAAAUCAUCAGUAGCCAGGAAGGUUUCAAGUCUUAGCACGAUUUGCUCAUAUAUAUUUCAGAAAUGAUCAAGAGUGGUACAGACUGCGACACAGUAUCUCACCAAAAAUUUUGCGUCCUAAAAUAGUGGAAGAAAACAUCGAAAACUUCAAAGCUGUGACUAAGGACGCUAUCGCCAGGUUUGUUGAGCUGAAGGAACAAUGUGGACCAAAUGAUCAUAUCCUUGAUUUGGAAGGAGAACUGUGCAAAUGGUCAAUGGAGGGUAAGUAGUUGGCUUCUUGUUACGCUUGAAACAAACUACGUUUAGUGUCGAGAUCACUUCACCUUGCGGUUGUUAUAGGUUAUCUAUAUACCAUGUAAGUUUGCCAAAAUAGUGGAUAUUAAUCUAGAUUAAUGUAAGUCUAGAUCUUUGAACGGACGGCCCACGUUGGAAGAAUGGCAACCACAAGCCUCCUUGUGGCGGGAAGGGAAUGGCGCAGCUAGCCACAAUGACAAUGGUUAGGAUGUAUACCGCGCACUAAGCUAGUGUUAGCCAUAUUGAAUUUUACACCGUUAGACUGACUGACUAACUGAACGGGAAACCGGCCAUAGGAGAACAGCAGCUGUGUCGACCGUGUUCUCCAGGACACACUUCUGGCUAAAUCUGAAUACAUCAAAGAAAGGAGGAGACGGCCGCCUUUACAAUAAAGAGAUCGUGGCGGUUAUAUCAAUGGAUUUGUCAAAGGCUUUCGACACCAUACCUCAUGCUUUGCUACUAGCAAAACUGAAAGCGUAUGGCUUGCACGAAUCCAGCUGCGCCCUUAUCGGUGACUACUUGACGGAUAGAAGGCAGCGAGUGAAAAUUGAUGAUACUUAUUCGGAUUGGAUGAGUGUGAAGCGGGGCGUGCCUCAAGGCAGCGUCCAGGGGCCCAUGUUUUUCAACAUGUUCCUCAACGACCUCAUCUUUCACAUUAAGUCUGUAAAAUUAAACACUUAUGCCGAUGACUGCCAACUGCACUCAUCUGAUGUAGACCCAGUAGCAUUGGAACGGCGGAUCAAUCAUGAUCGAUGUACAAAUAGCAAAUAAAUGGUUCGAAGACAAUGGGAUGAAAGCAAACCUUGCUAAACAUCAAGGGAUGGUUCUUGGCAAAACCGAUUACCCUUUCUCCUUUUUAACCACAAGAUGCCUGGAUCUUUUUGGAAUAACACUAGACAAUGAACUUAAUUUCAAGGAUCACAUAUCCUCUGUGUGCAAAAAAAUAAAUAAUCAGUUCAGUGUCUUCAAAAGAUUUGGCAAACUUAUUUCAUCUGAAAUUAUGCUUCGCCUUUAUAAAGCGUUUAUCUUACCCCAUUUUCACUACUGUUCAAUGAUAUGGCACUUUUGUAAUUCAGAAGAUUCUGUCAAUCUGGACACCUUAAAUAGACGUAUUUUAAGAUUUGUUUUAAAGGACUGGGACUCGAACUAUGAUGCUCUUUUAGACAAGGCUGGUGUGUGUGGUUUAGCCAACAGGAGCAUACAAAAUAUGAUGAUUUGUAUAUUCAAAUGUCUCCAUUUUGGUAUUUCUAAAGUGGUAAGGUAGAGAAUUCCAGUACUUAACAGAUGAAUAGCUAAAGGAAUUUAGACCAUAUGUGGUUGUAGACGGCUUAGGAAGUGAUAAAAUAUUAGUAAUUAUUAGUAUAGAGUAAGCAGUAGAUCUUAACUUGAUCAGUUGUUUUAAAUAGCACGGAUAAUUAUACUGUAGAUUAUAGUGAAUUUAAGCGCAAAUUGUUAGUGCACGGUUUUAGUUAAUACUACAUUAAUUAAUAUUAUAUUAUAUAUGUUGUAACUUUUAAAUUAGUUAGGAUCGGAGAUACUAGCUAUGUAAGCUACACUAAAAUCCGAGGAUAAAUAAAGCUUAUGUAUGUAUGUACGGAGUUAGCUAUGCAGUCCACAACAUGUCACUUGACUGUAUCACCACUCCUGUAGCUGACUCUGCUUAGAACUCUUACAGGAAAAGCAACUGCCAUCAGUGCCCAUGCCCCUACUCUCAACGCUGAUCAGGAAACUAAGGCAAUGUUCUGGCUGUGAGGAGAUCAGCUACGUAGUGCAGCAAGUCUCAUUGGACAAACAGCUCUUUAUUCUUGGCGACUUCAACCCACCCACCCACGUGUCGGACCUGACUACCCGACAAUCAUGGUCAUCUUACCUCGGUAGGAUAAAUGACAAUGGGCAGUGAUAUCAUGGGCUAUGGGUGAGGUUAAGUGAGCUGCCAAUGGCGCCCUUGUAUGCUGACGUCCGAGCUUACUGUUAACAUGUUAAUAUACAAUGUAAAGAGGGCGCGUCUUGUUGUCCUCUAAUCCACGACAUUCCAUUCUACGUUCCAUUCCAUUCGAAAAUCAAGCAGGAAAAAACCUCAGUCGCUAAAACAACCCAAGAAACCCAAGUUAUCAAUGAACAAUUAUAUGACAAUCAAAUAUAAGAAGAUCACCGCAGUUACGGAGGCAACUUUUGCAGUUGCGAAGCGAGAGUCUGAAAAAAGUUGAGGCUUUUACAGGAUUCGAACCAUUGACAUCUUCGAUACAGACUUCUUCGUUAUAAACCCGUGAAAGGACGAAGAUGAAACAUUGAAUAUACGCAAAACAUAUUAGAACUGCUGAGCGAAGAAAGAAUUAAAUGAGAAGAAGAUCUUCAUUGCAGUUGCGAAAAAGAAGCCCUGAAAAAAUUCAGGCUUGCACGGGAUUCGAAACCCUGACCCCUGCGAUGCCUGUGCAGCGCUCUACCAAUUGAGCUAAGAAGCUACCUGGGAGCUGGUUUCGUUUCGCAACCGUGCAGCUUCCAGCUACUUGCAAUAGGAGAAAAAAGUCUAGCCUUAAGCCAUUUUGAAACGAAUCCAAGAAAAACUUUUUGGGCCAGGGUCGUUGGUGACAUCCAGAUCGCUGCACGCUUGAGUGUCUAGUCCUAGUACAACAUUCGUAGCGCCGCUCCUUCCGACCCGAAGGACUGCCUGGGUCCUAGAAGUAUGCAGGAUGUUUGUCACAUAACCCUAAUUAAAUGAACCUAGCUCCCAUAAGUCUCCUGUAGUUCUGUGGUAGAGAAUGUAGGCUGUUAACGAGAGAGACUUAGGUUGGACUCCUAUUUUUUUUCUUUUCUCCGAAUCGACUCUUCGACUGAAGAAGUCUUAUUUUCCUUUACUCACCGUGAUUAUUAUGUAUUCUCCUUUAUUCAUCGUUACAUAAAAAAACUGGCUUUUUUAUUUCCAGGUGUAGGAACAUUUGCAUUCGACGCUCGUCUUGGGCUAUACGAGGAACCGACAAAUAAACAAGGUUUACAUUUCAUUAACACAGCUCGUAAGCGCUUCGAGCUCUCUCAGCAGCUGACUUUUAAUCCAGUUGGGAAAGUUGCUUCUCAGUAUUUCGAGACACCAACAUUGAAGAAGUUCCUUAAGGCCUCUGACGAUCUUUUCGACAUCGGUCAGGAUCUUGUAAACCAAACAAGAAUGGAGUUAAAAAAAGAGGCGGAAAAGGGACUUAAUUCUUCUGACGGGCCACAAGGUAAUUCGAGAUAAACGCAGUCGUUCUCUUAGUGAGAAAUGUAAAAAUUUAGUCUUCGAAAAAGCCGUGAUUUAGAAUCUUAAAAUCGAUGAAAAGGAGUUGAGGUUGCCGAAUGAGGUAAUGGCUCUGUGAGUUCCACGCGCACCCAUCCCCGGCCUCCCCUCCCCUCGGGCAUUUACAAGGAAUUUUUCCUUUUGGGCAAUUGUCUAGCCAAUUGUCUAGCAUCCCACGUAGGCUUCCCACGUAGGCGUCAAGGAAUCUCGUAUUUCUUCCCUAAAUACGAGUUCCCCUAAAAACGCCUGCGUGGGAGGCUAGCAACCGUCAGGAAUUGCCGAAGAAGAAAAGAAAGAAGGAAAUGUAUUUAGCCAUAAAGUGUAGGGUUUUUGAACCGCUUACAUAUUCAACAUCAUAGUAAGUGAGCUCAUUGUAAGUAGUGGUUUGCCUCAAGGUGGAGGGUGGGGGGGGGGGGGUACUUGGGUUAAUUUUUGCUGGGUAUGUGCCGCUGGCCUCUCAGAGCCCCUACCCCAUUGUAGUCUAUUCUGUGGCCAAUUAUAGACCCCAUCUUAGUCACUUUAAAGGGGCUGUGUCACAGCAGUCUAGUUCAUUUUGUUUAAUUUUGCCAGUUACUCGCCCUCAAUCGCUAUGGAACUUAAAGUAAGCAAAGAAAUUACUUAUAAAUGACACAAGCAGAGAUUCGAGACAAACAAAUAUGUCUCCUGAGCAUUAUUUUUGAAGUUGCAAACAGCGGAGAUCAACUUUGAAAAACUGUUAGGCUGAGCAGUUUUCAAAAAACCCUAAUUUCAGUCCGUUUCAAUCUUCUUCAGUUUUGCCCAUCCGUGGCAUCUGUUGUUUCUGUUGUGUUAUUUUAACCUUCCUUUAAAGUUUAAGCGGUUAUUUUUACGUUUCUCUUAAUUUAACGAGCAUUUUGCAAUUACCUAAUUUGGCUGAAUUUCGUGACACAGCUCUUUUAAUUUUGGGCAAACAUGUAAUUUUCGCGAUCCCAACUAAGUCCCUUUUUAGUUUUAUGAAUUAACCCAUUUUUUAAAUGGAAUGAAGAACACUUUAUUUUUCACCUAUUAGGACAAACAUUCUGGUACGUUUGCUAACCGUAAAUAUGAAGAACUGUCUUACCCCAAAAAAUCCGAAAAUGUGUCCCCCCAAUUCUAGUAACUCUACUGAAAAUGCGACCCCGAUUAUAGUCAAUCCAGUCGUGAAAAUGCGACCCCAUUCAGCGGCACAUCCCCAUCCCCUCCCCGGUGCUUUGCCCCAAAAACCAAACUAGAAAACAAUAGCAUAGUUUUUUCUCUUUAUCAGAGCAUAAAUGGAAAAAUAAGCUGACUGGAAAUUUCUAAAAAAUCAUUUCUUUAUCAAACUAGAAUAAUUAUUAAUUCAUUUAUUUAUCCAUUUAUUUUAGUUGUUUCGCUGUUAACAUAUAUGAUAACAAAGGGGGAACUUUCGCCAGAAGAAAUCAAUGGCAUGGCACUUGAUAUGAUAAUGGCUGGAGUUGACACGGUGAGUGCAAUGCUCCAACAAACAUACAUGUAGAUAUGCAUCACUGAAAUGUCUUUAGAGCGAUUUUCGUGUUGCCUUGAAAAAUGGUUUCGGUAAGUGUACGUUACGUUAUUUGUUUUAUCAGCCAAUGGAUGAAAAGAUCAAAACAUGGCCUCUUCGUUUUCCCGCCAAAGAAAACCCUAAUAUGGAGAAGGCAUUGUUCGAUUGGCCAAUCGUGUUGCAGUAUGACGUCAAAGCGAAGUAUCGAUUGAUUUCUAGAAAGUUCUCGGGCAUGAAGUUUUUUCACCCGAGCGUUCGCUUAACCAACCAAAAGCCACGCGCGUUUGUAUCCGUUCGAUAAACCAAUCAAAUCGCUCUAUUUCCGUUCGUUUGUUGUUUCUGUUUUGUUCGCGCGUUUUGAUUUCAAGGUCAUACGAAAAUCGCUGUAAUGGGUUAAAAUGGAAGCUUUCUGGCUUUUAUGAGUUUUGUUCCAAGAACUGGGCCGCAUCACCCUUGUGCAACAGAUGCGUACUUUGUGUAGCUUAGCCGUUGACCGCCCGCUGGACAACGAUAACACAGCCUCUAGGAAAAGAUUGGACUUCCACCCAAUGACGGCUAUGUGGCCGACAUUUUGGAUGACGUCACAGGUAAGUAACAGCUCGAGUUCAUAUAGUUUUUACAGGUUUUUUUGGAAUGACUGAAGCUCGAGGGCUUAGGAAACUCUUGUAUCGCGAUUUAAACGAAGCGCUACAAAGGGCAACUACAGUUUUAUGACGUAAAAUUCGACAAAAUCGGCAUAUUAUUCCCAAAAUGGCCAAUAUUGUUACCUCCGGACGAGACGUCGACUAAUCAUGAUGAGCAUCUUUCGGGCCUGGCUCAACUCAUUGACGAAAGCAGCUUGCUUCAUAGUUUGCUAAGUUUGCGAGUCCUAACAGAUAAGGGGAAUUUAGAUUCUUCAGGGUCAUUUGCUUCUUCCUUUUUUUUAACCAGACAUCAAAUUCAGUACUGUGGAUGAUCUAUAACCUGGGAAAAUACCCUCACAUCCAAGACAAGAUAUACCAAGAGGUAGAGAGUGUUGUUGGGAAGGAUGGAGAUGUCACAACAAAACAUCUUGCUAAAGUGUCAUACCUCAAGGCUUUCACCAGGGAGUCAAUGAGGUGCGCACCGUAUUGCCUAUAUUUAACCCCAAUGGAAGCUUGGUUUUUUUCAUUUUUUCACUGCAAUGAAAGGUAGCUACUGCUAACCACUUGGAAAGUCUGUAUCCAGUGAAUAGCGUAAUUACGUAUUUUUCCUUACAUCUAACCCACUCAGUGGAUAGUGAUUUUACCAUUACAUAGUGAUAUGGAGAAAUUCGACUGGAACGACAAUAUCAUGUUGGAACCAAGGAGCCUUGUUCCCAUUCGACCUCGGUGAUUUCAAAAACUUUCCUCGCCUGUAAUGCUUGUCGGAAGAAUUCGCCCAGCCUCGUUCCCAAUCGUCUUUGGCGAUUUCGAAUGUGACGUCACAUGUCAAGCUUGUCGGGAGAAUUUGCGCGCGCUCGGUUCCAAGCCGCCUCCGCCUACUCCUAUAGCGCAAACUGGCCUGGGGACUAGGAUGGGAACCAAGCAGUUAAACGUUAAACACGACACAAAAUCGACGGAGCUUUUCUACCUCCACUACAAAUUAGUUGCUCUGCAAACCCUAAGCAAGAAAACAGGAUAAUGGUGUCCAUUCGGGAAACGUGGAGACAGGGCUGUGUGCGUGGCUUGUGGUCUGUUCCUGCUCAGAACAUCGUUAACGUUGUAGGUGAUCACACCUUUGAGGGUACAAUUUAUUUAAUAACCAAAAUAAAAUAAAUAAAAUAGUGAUGCUUGAUUUGUUCCAUGGUUUCUCUAUUUUACCGCAGGUUAACUCCUGUGACUGGAGUGAACCUGCGAAUACUGGAACAGGAUGUCGUGUUAUCAGGAUACAAAGUCCCAGCACAAGUAAGACUUGAUUGCAACUUUCGGUAGCACCUUUAACCGUUUUUACGUCCAACACACUCGGCAAAAUUUACCCACACAAAAGAGAUGACUGGCAAACUAUUAAGUUUAUAGACGUAUUCCUCUAAACAUUAGUAUGUUGAAAACUUGUAAAAGGUAAUAUGUAGACUUUCUGGUGGGUAUUAUGGUAUAAAGAUAACGAUAUUGCCCAAUCUAGUAUCAUAAUCUUAAGGUUUUAAAAAAUAUUAAGGCCAUGGUUCGACUAGUGAAUGAGUUUACGAUUUUGUCUCUUAUGAAUUGGAAUAUACAGGAUUGAUCACUUAGACAAGGACUGAGAAGGGGGAUGGGGGGGGUUCUCGCAUGGAGGGUAUGCUCGUCGUGUAUGCUCUCCCCGGGAGGAGACUAAUCUGGGUAUGGCUCAGGCUUUUUUUGACCCCUAAAGAAAAGCUUUUUAAUAACCACUUGCCUGAACUCGCUUAAAAGUUUGGCGCCUUGUUGGUUUAAUAGCUUUCACAAUGUGCCUUGUAUUUUUGUAGACCUUUGUUUUCUUUCAAGAAUACUGCACAGCGCGUUCCGAAAAGUACUUUAAAGAACCUUUGGAGUUUAAACCAGAACGAUGGCUGAGAGAAAACAAAGAUGAGAUUCACUCCUUUUCUAAUCAGCCAUUUGGAUUUGGAACCCGUAUGUGUGUAGGUAAGGAACUAACAUCAUCAAAAGUGUAG